CACACGUCGACCAAUGAAGCCAACUACAUGGAUUUGGCACCGCAAUUACUGCCACAAGGGACGAGCCUCAUCGUACCGCCGACCUCUCCUGCCACAUCCUCGCCAAAUUUCUCUGGGAUCAAAAUUCCUUCAGUUCACACAGAAAGAAUGGAGUCAGGAACUGAAUCUAGUAAAACUGAAUCCGCUAGCCAAGUAGAAAAUUCUCUAGAAGACAGGAUACCAAAGAUUGGUAUGAAAUUCUGUACAGAGCAAGAGGCGUAUGACUUUUACAAUGCUUAUGCCCGAGACAAGGGUUUCAGCAUUCGAAGGAGUAGUUCACACAAUGUCAAAAAUACGACAACAAUAAAGAACAGAACAUUUUGUUGUUCUCAUGCAGGUAUUCGAGGUCCUGAUAAAAGAGAAGAAAAUUUAAACUAUAGUAGACCUGAGACACGAUGUAUGUGUCAAGCACUUAUGAAGAUAAGCCUCAAAGAUGGGUUGUACUACAUCUAUGAAUUUGAGCCUGAGCAUAACCAUAUUCUUGCUACUGCCAGCCAAGCUCAUCUUUUGAGAUCUCAAAGAAGCAUAACCACAGCACAACUUGCAAGUGUCGAAGCUGCUAAAGUGGUCAGCAUAUCAAAUAAAGCCACUUUUGAUCUCAUGGCAAAAGAAGUUGGUGGAAAUGAGAAUCUUGGAUUUACACAUGAAGAUAUGAAAAAUAAAUUAUAUUCAAAGAGGUCAUUAAAGAUAAAGCAAGGAGACACUGGAGGACUGAUGGAAUAUUUGGAGAAAAAAACAUCAGAAGAUGGGAAGUUUUUCUAUUCCAUUCAGGUUGAUGAGGAUGAGUACCAAAUCCUAUGUAUGCAGCAAUUUAUCUUAGCAAGGACUAGAUUCUCUAUUUUUUAAAAAAAAUUGUUCAGGAAGUUGAAUUUCAACCACACUGGAAUCUUCCAUUAAAGGUCUCUAUUUUUUUCUAAUGCGGUGCAAAUUAUACAGAUAUGAAAAAUCCAAUUUUGUAUCUUCUUACAAACUAACCAAUCAAUUGGAAGUGCAUAUUUCUGGGGGAAAAAAAGAAAAG